AUAAAAUCUAACGCUACGAUGGACGGAAGAUUUCAACAUCAGUCAGACUCUUUCUCCAUCGCUAAUUUGCUAUCGAUGCAACCCAAACACAAUCACCCGCACAGAAUUAGCCAUCCCGAUCCGCUUUUGCAUCUGAGAAAAUUGACUUCCCACCCGGAGGGUACGGCGGCGGAAUCUAGCGCUUUAUUGGCCCUUCAUCAUCAACACUAUCAUCACCAUCCGAACGUGUCAACUGCCCCACCAUUUUUCUGCAACAGUCCAGCUAUACCGUCCACGUCCAGCCAUCCGCCGAUGGCUCCCUCAGCUGCGACGAGCGCGUCAGAAGGUUUCAACAUCAAAGUGGAAGAGGCCAUGAUGAUGAUGUCGACCGAUCCGCAUCGCCAUCAUCAAAAUGGAGGAGCAAUUGAAACCCCUGCUUCGGGCGAAUCUGCCAUGGCUAACGAACCCACUUCGAUAGACUCGGGAGAUUCCGAUGAUGGACAGACUGGCAGCAGUGGAGAGGAACGGAAGAAAAGACCUCGAACGGCGUUUUCUGCAGUUCAGAUCAAGGCAUUGGAAUCAGAAUUUGAAAGAAACAAGUAUCUUUCCGUUUCGAAGAGAAUGCAACUAUCGAAACAACUGAAACUCACAGAAACUCAGAUCAAGAUAUGGUUUCAAAAUCGGCGUACCAAAUGGAAACGCAAAUAUACCAACGAUCUGGAAAUGUUGGCUCAACAGUAUUAUUCAUCGUUAGGUAUUUUGGCACCGAGACCUCUCUUUAUUGGCGAUCGACUUUGGUUUUUGAAUCCAUCUGGUAACUAUGUAGCGGGUGCUGGUCCCCCACCGCCUCCUCCCAAUCUGUAUCAUCCCCGACCAUCGUCCAUGAUGGAUCCCAUGAUCCACCUCGCAAACAUGUCCGGAAUGAGCCAUCCAUUGCCAGCUUUUGAGCCACAGUCAUUAGGUUCGAAUAACGGGGCUGCAUCGGGUGCCCAGUUCUCGCCCACUUGGGCCCCUCCCAUGCUGCGCGUUGCAACCCAGCAACAACAACUGGGUAUUGACAGCGCCGCCGGUAGCCCAGUAGAUCCAAUCAGUCUCAGUUUCACUCCCAGUCCCGAAGAUCUUCAGCCCAAAGAUAUUUAAUUUUAUUAUUCGGUACAUUUUUUAGUAACAGUAAGAUCGCCCCAGCUUUAACCUCACUUUAUUUGGCUUUGUAAAUAAAAUGACAGCAACAUGAAUAGUUUAUACCUUUGAGUCGAUUAAGACUUUUAGAAUUUACAGUUUCUCGACUUGUUGCACAAAUUGAAAAACUUCAUCGGCCAGAAGCUGGGGCUCUUCGUAGGCCGCAAAAUGUCCGCCGCGAUCCAUGAUGUUGUAUCUGAUUAGAUUUGUAAAUUUAAACUUGGCGAGUGGUCCUGGUUGAACAAAAAGUUCUUCUGGAAAUACAGCCGCCCCCGUCGGUACCACGCAAGGAAUGCUAGUAAUAAAAGGGAAAUUAAAUUUGAUCAAGUUUCGAAUAAGUAGUUUGGUAAUUACUUGUCCAAGUCAUAUGCAAACGUUUUAGCACUCAUGGCCUCGCUAUAUAGCCGCAUAGAUGUCGUGAUGGAAUUUGUUAUCCAAUAGACCAUGACGUUGUCGAGCAGCUCA